CAGUAACACUUUUAGAGAGUAGGAGCAGUGAAACAAGUUUGUGCAGUUUUAAUUCUUGCAGCGCGAAGGCAGGUUUUCAAAAUGGAUUCUCUGACUGCUGCAAAUACCAAAUUUGCCGUUCUUCUGUAUAAGAAACUAAAGGAAGGCAAAGGAAAUGAGAACAUUUUCGUGUCUCCAUUUAGUAUCUCAACUGCUCUAGCCAUGGUGUAUCUCGGUGCUAAAGGCAACACUGCUGAUGAGAUGGCUAAGGUUCUGCAUUUUGACACAAAUGGAGAUGUCCAUCCAAAAUUCAAGGAGUUGAUGGCUGGUAUCAAUGACCGUGACAAACCUUAUCUGCUGAAAUUGGCUAACCGUCUAUUUGGAGAGGAAACAUACACAUUUCUCAAAACAUUCCAAAACUCUGCAUCAAAAUUCUAUGAGACACAAUUGGCUGCUGUUAGUUUUCAAAGUCAGCCAGAAGCUGCCAGAAAAGAGAUCAAUUCUUGGGUAGACAACAGGACUGAAGGUAAAAUCCAGAACAUUCUGCCAGAGGGCAGUAUUACUCAGGCCACAAAACUUGUUCUUGUAAAUGCCAUCUACUUUAAGGGGCAGUGGAGCAGCAAAUUUAAUAAAAAUAAGACAUACGUAAAAUCGUUCUGGCUAAACAAGAGAGAAUCCAAGCCAAUAAACAUGAUGUUCCAGGAAGGAAAAUUUAACUUUGGUUAUAUUGAGGAACUCCAAACCAAAGUUCUGGAACUCCCUUACGUCCAAAAUGAGCUAAGCAUGAUUAUCUUGCUGCCUAAUGGCAUCAAUGAUAACUCCACUGGGCUGGAGCAGCUGGAGCAGACACUUACACAUGAAAACCUUCUCCUUUGGACCAACCAGGCAAACAUGAUGAAAAUCAAGGUCAGGGUUCAUCUGCCCAGAUUUAAAUUGGAAGACCAAUUUGAUCUUAAAGAUGUACUUUUAGCGAUGGGGAUGACUGAAGCAUUUGAUAUGGUGAAGGCUAAUUUCACUGGAAUGUCUGAAACAAGUAACCUUUUGUUGUCAAAUGUUUUUCACAAGUCUUUUGUGGAAGUUAAUGAAGAGGGCACAGAGGCUGCAGCAGCUACUGCAGCCUCCAUUGUGAAUCGAAGUUUACCAUUGGUAGAAGAAUUUGUUGUUGAUCACCCUUUCCUGUUCUUCAUCAAACACAACAAAACAGAGAGCAUUCUAUUCUUUGGCUGCUUCUCUUUACCAGGAGAUGAAGUCAGGGGAUAUGAAGGUGCACAGCAAAUGAUGCAGCAGGUUCAAAGGUGCAAAUGAAAGAAUAAUAGGUGGAGAAAGGUAUACUCUUGACCAAAAUAAUUAUUUUGCAGACAGUUAUGUCCAAGAUUACAGAUUACAAUUAUUGCUAAAUGGAAUGAUUUAAAUUGUAUAAGUUCAACUGAUUUCCUGCUAGUUAUAUUGUGUUUAUGUAGUAAUUAUGAUUUAAAGAUUUCAAACUUUAACAUCUCCUUUAAGAUGACAGAAUAUUUUUAAGUAUACUUCAUUUUUAUUAAAUUGCCAAAAUUACAUUCUGUGCUUUCUGGGCUGUGCUUUUCCAGCACCACACUCCCCACCCCGAUCUCCAGCAUCACUUUCUGCUACAUUCUUAAACAGUAUACUCCUGUUACUCCAAGCUGUGUUUGAUUCCAAUAAUUCACAUGAUCUCAUACUUCAAAUUAAAUCAGUGAAAUAAAAUUGAAUUAUUCAGUAACUUAAAUGACCUAAUUAACAGGAAUAGGAUAUUUUGGAUUUUUUUUAUUUUCAAGUCAUGUUUUUCAGCAACCAAAUUUUGAUUGUAAGAUUGUAUCACUUUUUAAUUGUAUCAUGUUUAUUUUUUGAAAAAUAAAGUACUUUCAUAGUGA